AUGGAUAAACGACCACCGCUUCAUCUUGGACAUACUAAUCGUUUCUCCCUGUUGAGGGCACUUGUGGCCAGCCUCCUUGUAGUUGUUGCCACCAUUUCUUCUCUGGGCUUGACCUUCGGAUGGAAACCUCUACAUUCUACCAAAGUUCCUCUCAAUGCGGCUCAGAUAGUCCAGAAGUGUCAAACCCUACAUAUGUUACCCGCCCCCCCUGCCAAUUUCCACCAAAGAGAACGUUCGGACAGAUAUGUCGCAGGGACACCUCCAACGCUCUUGAGAAACGCUAGCAUUUGGACUGGACGUGAUUCGGGAAACGAAGUCGUUACCGGAGAUAUUCUUCUCGACAAUGGUCUUAUCAAACAAAUAGGCAAGAUUAAGGACACGUCGUUGAAAGCUUAUAGCAACCUCAUUAUCAUCGAUGCUGGAGGAUCUUGGAUUACCCCAGGGAUAGUGGAUCUUCAUUCACAUCUUGGAGUAAGCAGCGCGCCUUCAUUGAAGGGUUCCAAUGACGGCAACUCUCAUAAAGGACCAAUCCUACCCUGGCUUCGAUCGCUUGAUGGACUUAACACCCAUGACGAGGCCUAUAGACUAUCAGUCUCUGGCGGUGUCACAACUGCAAAUGUUCUUCCGGGAUCUGCCAAUGCUAUAGGAGGACAGGCGUUUACAAUCAAGCUUAGACCUACUUCAGAAAGGUCAUCGAGUGCCAUGGUUCUUGAACCUCCUUUUGAGCUGAAUGGAACCAACACCAAUUCAUCACCGCCUCGUUGGAGGCAAAUGAAAUACAAUACCGCUCGUAAAAUCAAGGAAAAGCAAGAUGAGUUUUGUGCGAAAGCAUUAGACGGACAAUGGAAGGACCUCGGGAACUUUCCAGAAGAUUUACAGUGGGAAGCCCUAGUAGAUGUUCUGCGUGGUCGUGUUAAGAUUCAUAACCACUGCUAUGAAGGGGUGGACCUCGAUGGAAUCGUUCGCUUGACCAACGAGUUCAAGUUCUCUAUUGCGGCUUUCCAUCAUGCCCACGAGACUUACCUAGUACCAGACUUGUUGAAAAAAGCAUACGGUCACCCACCUGCUAUCGCCAUGUUUGCGACUAACGCGCGGUAUAAACGCGAGGCUUAUCGAGGAUCUGAAUUUGCUGCUCGUAUUUUGGCUGACAAUGGAUUACAAGUCGUGAUGAAGAGCGAUCACCCAGUUCUGGAUUCCCGUUAUCUGUUACAUGAAGCACAGCAGGCUCAUUAUUUCGGUUUGCCGCCUAAUCUUGCAUUGGCGUCAGUGACAUCGACACCUGCCACCGUUCUUGGAUAUGAUCACAGGAUUGGGUAUAUCAAACCUGGAUACGAUGCUGAUAUUGUCAUCUGGGACAGUCAUCCUCUGGCUAUUGGGGCAACACCUGUUCAGGUCUUCAUCGAUGGAAUUGCACAGCUCAAUAACCCACACGUAAAUAAAAAACCUGACUUCCUACAACGUAUCCCCAAAACUCCCGAUUUUUCGAAAGAGGCAAAAGACGCCGUUGAAUAUGAUGGGCUUCCUCCUCUAGAGACGGAUCACGCCAAAGCAUCUACUGUUCUCUUUACGAAUGUCGAUGUUGUUCUCCUCAAGGAUGGAUCGGAACUCCGUCAAGUGUUUACUUCCGCUGUCGAUGGUCCCCUGGGUGUUGUCCUGGUUGAACAUGGAAAAAUUGUCUGCUUUGGAUUAUCGAGAGACUGUCCUUCUAGCUUGCGGGAGGGAGUCCAAAUCAUUGACCUUGAAGGUGGAUCCAUUUCACCGGCGCUUAUCAGCUUCGGAAGUCGCUUGGCUCUUAAUCAUAUUGAUGGUGAAGCGUCUACCAAUGACGGUGCAGUUCACGACCCUUUAGUGUCCGAUGCACCUUCCAUUCUCGGCAAGGGCAGUGUUAUAAGGGCCGUGGAUGGACUUCAGUUCGGCACUAGAGACGCUCUACUUGCAUAUCGCUCUGGAGUGACUCUCGGUGUUACUGCUCCGACCUCGUCAGGUUUGAUCAGUGGGCUAGGAACUGCAUUCAACACUGGAUCUCCUCACAAAUUAGCGACUGGUGCAGUGCUACAAGAAGAAACUGCACUGCAUGUCUCCGUUGGCUCUUCAGCUAUCAGCGUUAGCACGCAAAUAGGCGUUUUACGAAGCCUGCUUCAUGGAGAAGGCAAAGGUAAUCUCGGUGCAAGUUUUUCUAGGGUAAUUGAGGGUCAAAUACCGCUCGUCAUUCAAGUCAAUAAUGCAGACAUCAUGGCUUCGCUGAUUGAUCUAAAGCGGGAGGUCGAAACAAGCAGUGGAAAAUCUAUACAAAUGACGUUUGCGGGAGCUGAGGAGGCUCACCUUGUAGCCAAAGAAAUUAGUGAGGCUGGGAUUGGAGUAAUUUUGCGACCAUCUCGUUCCUUCCCGAAACAAUGGCAGUCCAGGAGAAUUCUACCGGGUCCGCCGCUGACUAUGGAUAACUCGAUCUCUGUGCUGCGUAGGAACAACGUGACAGUCGCAAUUGGGGUCGUGGAGCAGUGGAGCUCUAGAAAUAUCCGUUUUGAUCUUGCAUGGGCGGCAUUGGAUAGCGGAUUAUCAUUCCGUGAAGCUAUAGCUCUGGCGUCAACCAAUCUUGAGCGCUUAUUGGGUGUCACUUCCCAUGAUAGCGAUCUAGUUGCUGUCAGGGGAAAAACUAUUCUCGACUUUGAGGGAAAGGUGGCCGGUAUUAUUUCGCCAGGUAGAGGAGUAGUUGAUCUGAUCUAG